AAACAAGUCACUGAGAUGUGCGUUGUUUUUAUCUAGUUUUUGUUUUUAUCUGAAUUGUGCAUAAUGGCAAAAAUAGUUCAACUGCGCUUACCAACCACUCUUGAAUUUUCAAGUGUUACGAAUUUAAAAGACGAAGUUAAGAAAACUGAUGAUCUUGGAUAUACCCAUAUGAUCAUCCAAAUAGCUAAUGAUCACUUCAAAAGAGAAUUUUUUGCUGGAAAGGCCAGGGACCGGAAAGGACCAUACACCAGAAGUGAUCUCAAUUUAACAGCUUCUGAUUGGAAAUAUGUGAUUGGUCGACCUUCUAUGUACAUUGACUGCGAUUCGACAAACAAGCAUUUUCGCAGAUCGAGUGAAGAGACUCUGAUGCAGGAGCUCGACUACGCUUGUCACGUGGGUAUGCACGCUUUCAUCGUUCCUUUGAGAGGUCUUUCUGCAGUGAACCUCACUAGAAUCCUCAUCUCCAAACUGGUUCCUACUACUGCCAUUGAGAUUUGGUUUAAGAUCCCGCUCGUAUCUUAUAAACAAAUGGCAAAACUUUACCUCAAAAAAGCAGAUUCUAAUGCUGAGCCUUCAGAGGAAGAUGAUUCGUGGAACUGGUGGAACAUGGUGCGCUCGUUGGCCAAAUCCAACAGUCGAGUCUGCUUGGCUCUAGAAUUGACUGACGACUUGCCUGGGGAAGUUGGGGAUAUCGAAGUGUCGCGCUGGCUGGGAGAGCCCAUACGUGCCUUGGUGCUGCCCACACGUCUGUUUGUGCUGAACGCAAAGGGUUUCCCGGUGCUCGCCCGAAGGCACCAUCUAUUCCUCGUGGCCGUCGCACGGGCGUGCCCCAUGGGUGUAAACUACAUUGUCACCGGCGCCUGUCAUCACAAAAGCUAUGAUUUGUAUCGCAAAUAUAUUGAGUUUGUUGUGGAGAGGGUAAGAGGCGAAGUGGAUGAUAAAUAUCCUUUCUACGCGAAAGCCUACCCUGAUGUACUCCAGUACCCCUUCCAGCCUAUAGCACAUGAAAUGGACUCUCAAACCUACGAUGUGUUUGAGAAGGAUCACGUAAAGUACGGCAAGUACCAAGAGGCGAUUUACCAGGCCGUGAUGGACCGCGUCUCCAAGGAGGAGGUUGCCACUAAAGUGCAGGUGAUUUGGGUGUUGGGAGCGGGACGCGGACCCCUGGUGUCCGCUGCGUUGAACGCGGGGCUGAAGGCAAAAGCGCGCGUCAGAGUGUUUGCAGUUGAGAAGAAUCAGAACUGCGUGUUGACACUGAAGAAAAGGCUGAUAGAAGGUUGGCGUGGCUUUGAUGUGACUGUGAUCCAUGGCGACAUGCGAGACUGCCGACCGGACGAGGCGGAUCUGGCUGACAUAGUGGUCAGCGAGCUCCUUGGAUCUUUCGGAGACGACAAUCUGGCGCCCGAGUUACUCAAUGGUUCCCACCACAUUUUCAAGGGUGAGAUAUUAAUGUAG